GAUGGAAGAUUUCAGUUAAGAUGAUGUCAACCCAAAUAGUCACAAAAUACAUAAUGUUGCUUUGCUUGUAAGAAUCAAACGCAACACUGCUUCAAGCCACACCCUAUACUAUACCUCCAACUUUUCACUCCUAUAAAAAUGCACCUUUCCCAUUCACAACACCACACAAUAUUUCCUUCGCUUUUUCUACUAUGAAGUUCGUCUCCCGCAUCAAAACUCCGGUCGUCUCUGAUGUAUUAUCAUUCGCGGUGAUCUUGUUAUUACUGAGCGUAAAAGAAGCAGAGAGCAGAAAGCGAAGGGUGUUAGAGUCGUUUGAGUACAAUGCUAUAAAUUGCAGGGCGCAUACUGCAUCAUUAACAGAUUUUGGAGGUGUCGGAGAUGGGAAAACAUCCAAUACUAAAGCUUUUCAAGAUGCGAUUACUCACUUGAGUCAGUACGCCGCUGACGGUGGAGCUCAGCUUGUUGUUCCGGCUGGAAAAUGGUUGACUGGUAGCUUCAGCCUUACUAGUCAUUUCACUCUCUUCCUUCAUAAGGAUGCUGUUCUUCUUGCUUCUCAGGAUUUGAAAGAAUGGCCAACGCUGAAAUCUCUGCCAUCGUAUGGCAGAGGAAGAGAUGCUCCAGCAGGAAGAUAUUCUAGUCUAAUUUUUGGAACAAAUCUCACAGAUGUUAUUGUUACAGGUGAUAAUGGCACAAUUGAUGGCCAGGGUGCAUACUGGUGGCAGCAAUUCAAGAAAGGCAAGCUUAAAUAUACCAGACCUUACCUGAUUGAGAUCAUGUACUCUGAUACCAUUCAGAUUUCAAAUCUGACGCUCCUCAAUUCUCCAUCAUGGAAUGUUCAUCCUGUUUAUAGCAGCAAUAUCCUUAUACAAGGCAUUACCAUCAUUGCUCCAGUCACUUCUCCCAACACCGAUGGCAUCAACCCAGAUUCGUGUACAAACACGAAAAUUGAAGACUGUUAUAUAGUUUCGGGGGAUGAUUGUGUUGCUGUCAAGAGCGGUUGGGACGAGUACGGAAUUGCCUAUGGAAUGCCAACAAAGCAACUAAUCAUUAGAAGGCUGACAUGCAUUUCACCAUACAGUGCAACAAUUGCACUAGGCAGUGAAAUGUCAGGCGGAAUUCAAGAUGUGAGAGCAGAGGAUAUCACAGCCAUUCAUACAGAAUCAGGAAUCCGGAUCAAAACAGCAGUAGGAAGAGGAGGAUAUGUGAAAGAUAUAUACGUUAAGAGAAUGACAAUGCACACAAUGAAAUGGGUGUUUUGGAUGACGGGAAAUUAUGGGUCGCAUGCCGAUAAGAAUUACGACCCGAAUGCCCUGCCGGUGAUUCAAGGGAUUAACUAUAGAGACAUGGUUGCAGAAAAUGUGUCGAUGGCCGCAAGAUUGGAGGGGAUAUCUGGUGACCCUUUUAAGGAAAUUUGUAUUUCUAAUGUCACAAUUGGUAUGGCAGCCAAAGCUAAGAAGGUACCAUGGACAUGUACUGACAUUGAAGGGAUCACCAGUGGGGUGAGUCCUCGACCUUGUGAUUUGUUGCCUGAUCAAGGGCCGGAAAGAAUCUCACAAUGUGAUUUUCCACCAGAAGGUAUACCGAUUGAUUCGGUACAGGUUAAGAAAUGCACUUAUAGUAUGCAUUAUAUGUGAAUCUAGUUUCUAGGGUAAGCAAGUAUUUGUAGUAUUAGUAUCCCUAAGUUGCAACAGCUAUCAGUUGAAUGUUCUGUCGACAUUGAGAUCAUAUAGUUGAUCUUCGUAUGUACCAUAUUGCUAAAUUAGGUUUUGAAAUACUUUAUCAAAA